AUGGUGGAGCGGUCCGACCGAGCACCUCUUCUGGACUGGGAGGAGGUUCCGGCCGCAGAGAAACCCGAUAUCGCACAUGAGAGCGACCGGCUUUCCAGCCCCUCCAACAGCCGUGCGAUAGGAUGCACCGCGCCGGCGUUUGGGUGGAGCGCAUCUCCGGGGGGUCCCAGGUCUGUCUCCGACGAAGACGGCAGUGGCGCCCCGCCGGCGACCUCCGUCACCCCGACGGGCGCGGAUGUAGCGGAUGCGGAUCAGCAUCCCUCCGAUGCAGGACCAGGAGAGGACAGAAUGGUCAAGUGGGAGGAAAAGGACCAAAUUGUGUCUGUCUUUGUGGUGACAUUCAAUACCAGAUCAGGUAACAUGCUGGAGUGGUGUCUGCCCAGGGACAUGGACCUGGAAGGAGUAGAGUUCAAAGCCAUUGCUAGUGGCUCCCAUCGAGUAACCACGGACUUCAUCUACUUCCGCAAGGGCUGUUACUUUGGACUGGCCUGCUUUGCCAACAUGGCGGUGGAGAGUGCAGUGGAGAGGGGCGCGAGAAUGAAGUCGGUGGGGAUCCUGUCUCCCUCCUACACCCUGCUGUACCGUUACAUGAGUUUCCUGGAGCACCAGGUCAGGCUCCAGCUGCAGUUCCCAGGCCACUACUCUCCUCUGGAAGCCUUCUAUGAGGACAAGAGAGCUCUUCUUCCUCCUAGUGGUGACAGUGUGGUUACUGCAUGUCCCAACAUAUGGGGAGCCUCACUCAACCACAGCAUGCACCCUGAAAUGAAGAUCACCCACCCGGCGGGCUGCAUGUCCCAGUUCACCCGGUUCUUUGGAGAGCAGAUCAUGGUGCUGUGGAAGCUGGCUUUACUCCGGAGACGCAUCCUCAUCUUCUCCCCUCCGCCCGUAGGCGUGGUCUGCUACCGAGUGUACUGCUGCUGUUGCCUGGCCAACAUCUCCAUCCCAGGGGUGGGCGUGGCCGUGCCAGAGUUCCGCCCCUUUUUCUAUGUCAACGUGGCUGACAUCAGCGCCUUGGAGAAUGAACUGGCCUACGUAGCUUGCACCACUGAGAAGAUCUUUGAAGAAAAGAAGGACUUGUAUGAUGUAUACGUGGACAACCAGAAUGUGAAAACCUACAGGGAAGGUCUGAAGCCUCUGCUCCGUCUCAGCACAGCAGACAGGGACAAAUACCGCAAACUCACAGAGCAGAGGCAGAUGCUGCUCUAUUCCCAGGAAGAAAAUGCCGACUGCGUGUCCAGUGAAGAGGAUCUCUUUAUUCUGUUCUUCUUGGAGCAGAACAACAGGAUUUUCCAGACGUUGAGUGAGGUGGCAGGGAGCCCUGAUCCCACCCUGACCCAAGAGAGUGUGCGGGCCAUGGGCCUGGAUCCGCACGGAGACAGGCUCUUCCUGCUUCACCUGCUGGAGAUCUAUGGCUAUGACACGCUGCUGGUUUCGGACCAGCUCUGCUGCAGCUGAGAGGCAAGCUCUGACCACUGGCUAUCUGCUGUUCACCAGUUCUGGCUUCGAAGCUGAAUGGGGAAAGGUGGAGGGAUCCAGUCAGUUGCCUUGAGCCACUUCCACCGUCACCCUGCAGGUCAAAACAUUGUGAAACUGAAACACUGUCCAACUGUCCGACUGAAAUCGAAAACUCAAACAUUGCAAUAAUGGAGCAGUGGAGCAGCCACCUGUGUGAGCGUGCCAGUUACAAAACACAGGAUGCGAUAUGAAAAAGACGUAGCACAGAUCAGUGAGUCAAACAUUGGUCCCCGCAUAAACUCUGUGAAUGUAUCAUCUCUAAAUCAAGCGAAUGCUAGAUUUGCUCCAAGUGAGAGACAGUUAUUUUAAAGUAUGCCGGGUACACAAAAAGUGUGUUCAGCAUCAUUGGAAUGAAGGAGCUUAAUGAUAGGAAACGAUGGAUCUCGGAAUUCAUGGAUGUUCAACAAGGACUGUCAAAACACAGCCUUUCCUGUAAAUAAUAAUUCCAAUUUGCAAUUUAUGUACAAUGUGUUGGCAUGUAUAUGAGAUGUGGGUUUUGUCCCUCGCCUCUUUGCCUAUCCAAAUAUCAAGCGCUGGAUUUUGAAAAUGUGUAAUUUUUGAAUCCAUAUGUCCCUGAAGGAAGGUUUGAAGGAAGGUGCAGGGGUUAGUCGUACCAAGACUUACUUCCCACUAAAGUCUAUUGUAACCUUUGAAAGCCAGCUAGGGGUCUUGAUGGCUUAACCGACACAACAACCAAAAGCAUGUGAGGAAAUGGAGUGGCCAGUUGGAUUCUAUCCCCGAACAAGAGGAUGAAGUCAAAACGAUUAGCUUUUGUUUUAAAUGGAUAUCAAAAUAUAGCCUUUUAACAAAGCAAACCUCAUAGGUGUGCAAAAGAUCUUUACAGUUGUUUGGACAGGAAAUGAAACACAGCUUACAUUUUGUUGUACGUAAGAAUAACCCUAACCCCAAUGAGAGUGAAAAAUGUAUGUCACUAAUUGGGAUCCAAAUGAAAAUGCCAUUUCAAAAUUUCGAACCAAACUGAAAGUUAUAGAUCCUGCUGAAAAUGAGGUCAGUAUUGUUUCUCUCUAAUUUCUUUCCCCAAAGCAAUGUUUGCACUCUGUUGAAAAAUUCAACAUCUAGGUUUUUACAUUCUCUGCAGAGGUUACAGGAGGGAUCAACCUGAGACACUGGCGCUUUUGGAGAUCCACUGCAACCAUGUGUUUAAAGGAAUGAUCAGUCUCCUAAGCAGCCAUGUUCUCCAAAAGAAAAAAUGUUGUGGUGGAAGGAAAUGGAAAUUGACAUGGAAUCAGCAGACAUUCUAUCAAACCUGGGGCUGGAUGCCGCCAAGGUCGAUAAACAUGUCAUGGAUACUAGACGCUCCAAUCCAUAAAAUGCAAGGCCAUAAAAAAUUGCAGCUGUAUAAGAAUUUGAUGGUUACACAGCAUGGGAAAAUAGCUUUUACACAACUUUUAUGGCCUAUUGUAACUAAAUGUUGGUCCCUUCAAUGUGCACAAACAUUAUCGUUGUAAACAAAAUCCAUACAGCUUCAAGGGGUAUGUAAAUGUUAUGUAACGUAAAACUCACUCUGAGCUGUGGUAUAACAUCAGUCCUUGUGUCAAUCAAACUGAAAAGGAAAACAGAUUGAGGUAAAGUCAGAGGUGGGGAGACAGCAUUUCAGGAUUAGUGCUUUAUUUAGUUCUUGGAAGCAAUUUGCCUUAUUCAAUUUGGCGCCAUGUUUGGUUGACUGACGUCAUUAGUGCGUUCGCGAAUAACUGGGAAGUGGGCAAGUUCGCUUUUGGAGAGCUCCAAGAAGUACGUAGAUUUAACGUCACUCAACAUGGCAGCGUUUGUGGUGAAACGUAGGAAAUAUACUUGUCCACGCACAAAUACAUCUCUUCAUUGUUAAUUUAGGUCGUACUCAUUAGCGCAGGUAAUUGUGAUGUUAAACGAUACUUCACAGUUUACCACCCACUUCUCGCUUCAGAGGCCGGGGCGGCUGCGGGCGGGGAACCAGGCGAUAACUGAAACGCCUUUCGACUACGACCUCAGAUUAGACGAGACAACACGCUGAAUGUAAGCAUAUUACUAAUUUAGUGCACAAAUGAUAUUUACCCUCUGAGCUCCAUUUCGUCCCUUUGUUGCUUUAUAUGGGUGAUAACGAGGUUGUCACUUUCCUUUAUUCUGACAGCAGAAAUAGCAGAUUUCCAGGGGGCGGCCAUGUUGCCUGUUUGUGUCGUCAUGUCCACUAGGAAGUGACGUACCCAAAAUGACAGCGAUAAGGCAAUCAUAAUUUCGAAGGCCCGAUUAAAAGACUUCAAAUGCGUUUAACUGUCGCGGUUUUCGUGAUAUGAACUGAAUGAAGGCGAAUGGCUGCAAUAAAACAACGGUAGGAAAACAUAGCUCAGCCAUGGGAAAUGUUUUAUUGUUGCUACUGAGAUGAUUUCCAAAUGUGACUGAUUGAUCCUACUCUUAUGUCGGAGUUUUCACAGCGAGUCUAUAUGGUACUUGCGCGUCUACCCCCCUCAUGAUGUCAGUUAACCAAACAUGGCGGCGAAGUGAACGAGGCGAAUUGUUUCAGUUUUUUCUAGAGGUACUGUUGCUGAGUUGAUCGUUUCAUUACUUUAUUUGUCCAGUCGACGAGGGCGAAGGCAAUUAUAGAUUAGAAACAAAAGCUUUUUUAGUUUGUGGCGAUUUUGUUUGUGGUGCCGUUUGAGUUUUUAUCUGUUGGUCUGUAAACAUCUGAGGCAGAUGACAUGAACAUUCCAUUAAAGGUGGACAACGAUCCCUGUGACCCAGUUCAUUUCUGAAGGUAAUUGGAUCACAGAAAUGGUCAACAUCGUUUGCUGAGCUAAACCUUUUAAAAACGUGUUUCACUUACUUCAAAUUGACACCAAAAUGUUCCAAGUUUUAUAUUUCAAAGAUAUAUUCCUAUCCAAUGAUAUAGUGAGAAAUACAUUGUUUUUGAAGAUCGGUAGUGGUCAAAAUUCAGGGAUCAAGUUCGUUGUGCUCUUGUUUUAAAUAGUAUUUUGAACCACAUCUGCUGGGAACCGAUGUAUCCUAACAUGCUUUUGAGUGCAGUUUCCCAAAUGCCACAGCGAGUUUGUGACACGUUGCUCCAUUGAAAUGCAAUUUGCUAUUCAAGGGGAAGCAUGCCAAGGUCAUGCUGUGCACUAAUUACAGAGUUACAGUGUUGUCAUCAUUGAGUUGCUAUGCAGGCAAUAUAGGGCAAAUACCAGAAUCCUAAUGGAGUGACAAUCACUAAACAACUCCAUGAGAACUACAUAACAGACCCGCAAGAAAUAGCUGAACAUAACUGCCUUUCGUUAAAUCUCUAGAUUAGUGUUUAACCGUUCAUGUAGAUUCAUGUAAAAACAGACUAUGAAUGAAAGUGUUCUUACAAAGAGGACAUGGCUUUGUCAACCUUAGUAUUAACAUUCUAAAGAGAUCUUAACUCUUGAUUAGUCAAUGCAUCUGACGGAUGCGUACAAUGACCUAAGAGAAACUGAGUCAACCAGUUACUUUGGUCUCUAUAUAAACCUUGUGCAACACUACAAAUCCAAUAGAGGUAUAGUGUACUGUACCUUUAUUUAACUGGGAUGUAGUACCAGAACCUCCUCUAUUACUCACAAAAUUCAGUUUCUGUUUCUAGCAAUAGUUGUGCUCUAUUUGCUCAGUUUUUCCCCCAGUCUUUUCAUGUUGUUAAAGUGUAAAAUGGUAAAUUGUUCUAUUUGACUGUAAAUGUGUGAUUGCUGUGACGGUUAUCUUUGAAGAAAAGGGAUCAGUUGAAUGUGUUUUGUAGAUGUAAGUGUGGUCCCGUCCAACCUUGGAAACCUGUGAAUCUGCAAAAUGAGCUCGAUCAUCCUUUGUGUAACACACAAUUCAAUCUUUAGUGUGGUCAAACUACACUACACAGUAGUUUUAAAUCCAGUACAAAGCAGACAUAGACAUCUUUGUAGUUGAGCCUGGCUCCUUGUUCAGACAGCUUCAUGUUAUUUAUUUUACUGUAAACUUUGAAAAUAAAGUGCUUCGACAGUCAGCUUCAGACAACAUGUUGUUCUCAUAUGGUUUCAUUUGAUUGCUACAGAUGAAAAAGUUUCCAUGAACAGGUUGCUGGCAUG